GGAUUCACCAUGACGGUGCACGACUCGAGAAGAGGCCGCUCAGUGAAGGACCUGCGGCUGCUGGGGAGCAACAGCGCUGCCUGCGACCUGCAGCAGGUCAAGACCGCUACAGACGAGCUCUGCCACCCACUCGCGCGCUGCCAGCUGGCCGCCGACCAGCCUGAGAUCCGCGUGGAGCUGCCUCUGCCCGUGGCGCUGCGCUUCAUUGUUGUGGAAUUUGCUUCGUUCCACGAGAGCCACCCGUCGUCCUCGUCGUCGUCUCGGGAGUCGUUGCAGUGCCCGCGGUGUAACCGCGUGGUAACCAGCCGGCACGGCAUGUGCGCGGUGUGCCAUGAGAACGCCUUCCAGUGCCGCCAGUGCCGCGCCAUCAACUACGACAACCUCCAUGCCUUCCUCUGCCCGCAGUGCGGCCACUGCAGGUACGGUCGCUUUGAGUUCGCGCUGCAAGCUCACCCCUGCCCCUCGUCCAUCGACCCAAUCCUCUCCGAGGAAGCUUCCAAGAAGGUCGCGGCAGCACUGGAGGCCGAGGCUGAGUCAGCAACCCGGCUGCGUCAGCAGCUGCAGGCGCUGCGCCGGCCAAUCGCACGCCUCGUUUCGUCCAUCCUGGACGACGACCCAGCUGCUGACGUGUCAGCAGCUGAUUUGCUGAAUCCUGGCCCGAUCUCAGCAGGAGCAGCAGCAACAGGAGCGGGAGGAGGAGGGGGGCCAGGAAGAGCAGGAGGACUCAGCAGGGAGAGGGCCAUAGGAGGGAGAUCAGGGCUGGAAGGAGGAGGAGGGGGUCUGUCGUCCCUGUUGCAACUGGCAGCAGCAGCAGGCGGGGCAGGAGGCAGCGGUGCAACAAGAGGAGGGGCAGGGGGAGGAGGGGGAGGAGCAGGAGGAAGGGGCGGAGGCUCGGGAGGUCUUGGGUCCGCAUCAUCCUUACUCACUGGUACUACUGGUGGCGGCGGUGGUAGCAGUGCUACUGGUGGUGCUACCGGUGCAGCUGGUGACGCUUCCCUGUUCUCUACCACCGGUGGUCUCCCUCUCUCCUCCGCAUCUAUCUCAGCAGCCACAGCAGCAGCCGCUCAGGCGCACGUGAGCCGUCGGAUUGCGAUCCUGGGCGCGCUGUACGCUGACAAGUGUCGCGCUGUGCACCGCGGGCUGGCCACGUCAGCAGAGAGAAUGGGCGCGCUACAGAUGGCCCUGGCUGAAUACCACCUGUUGCAGCAGCUCUCUCUCCUGCUGCAGGGACUCGUGACGGGGCGUGAUGGGGGGGAUGGAGGUGAAGCGAUGGGGAGUGAGGAGGCGUGUGAGACGAGUGAGGGGAGGAGGAGAGCAUUUGUGGCGGCGUGUGUGGAGGUGCUGGGGGAACUAGUGGUGGAGGAAGAAGGGGUGGGGCAAGAUGCUGCUGCUAGUGACUCUUGGAGGGCGAUCAGCUUCCUGCUCCGCCAUCUCUGCAACACCAUCUGCCCCACACGCCCCGAGCCCGAGUACGAGAUGCUGCUCAUCAAGGCAGCAACACAGGAGGAGUUCCUCCCAGGGCGCCUGCAGCACAACCCCUACUCCUCGAAGCAGGUCGGCCCUUUAAUGCGCGAUGUCAAGAAUCUCAUCUGUAAAGAGCUCGAGCUGCACGGGUUGAUGGAUGACGAUUAUGGCAUGGAGCUGCUGGUGGGGGGGCAGAUCUGCUCCCUGGGGCUGUCGGUGCGGGCGGUGUACGAGCAAGUGUGGAAGCAGAGAGGGGCCAUGAGCGUCACCUUCAGACUGCAGGGGCUGGAUGGUGAAGCAACAGAGCCGAUAGUGAAGGAGCUGGAGGAGGGCGGUGAGGAAGCUACUGACCCGGAAAAGGAGUUCGCUGCUGCUGCUGCUCUCGUGCCUGUCAGCCGUGAUGGUGCGAGUCGUACUUCUGAUGUGGGUCACACACCGGGACGUGUGGAGGUUGAGAGUGAGGAGAGGGCUACAGCAGGCAAGGAGAGGGAGGAGGGGGUUGCAGAAAGGGGUGACGAGGUACAGGGUGAGGUGGGCAGUGAAAUGGGUAGCUCAGAUGGUCUUCUGCUGCUGCUGAGGCUGUUAGAGGAGGUAGCGGAUGAGGAGCUAGCGAGUGGGGAGGAGGACGUGAGUGACCUGCUGAAGCUGCUGCACACCGCGUGCCUGCUGCGGACCAAUCGCGUGCAUCUGCUGCGCUCGCACGCGCUGCCACGCCUGCUCGACCGCGCCACGCGUGCAGCGCUGUACGCGCACGGUGUUGCCACGUCAGCGCUGGGAGGAGGCUCGGCGGCAGGUGCUGCCGGGGUAGCUGGUGCUGCGGCGGCUUCUGCUGCCUCUUCCCAAGCCUCGCUCGCAGGUUCGGCGGAGGCCGCAGCUGACACCCUGCUUCGGAUUGUGGAUCUGCUAAUGGUGGAAGGUGGUGAGGGUGGCGGCAUGGGGGGCGACGGUGGUGUGGGCAGUGCUGCAACAGCAGAGAAGGAGGAGGAGUAUCGGCAGGAUGAGAAGCAUGAAGGGUCAGGGCGGGGAGAAGAAGCAGUGAGAGUGUUUCUUGAGAAGCUCACUGCUGCAUCGCUCUCCCAGGCUGCUUCUGGGAUGGCAGGGCAUUUCGAGCGGCUGGUGGGAGCGAUCAGGCUGGAUGGCAGUGGGCUGAGGCUGCGCACUCUCAUCCUGGAAAAAGGCAUUCCACAAGCUGCUGUGCGCCAUCUGCUCACCGCCUUCCCCCCCGCCGCCCUCUCCCCCUCCUCCGACCUCUCUGAUCUCCGCCCCCUCCCCGUCUGGCAACGAGCUCUCGCCCUGCCCUCCCUGCCGCUCCUCCUGGGUCUACUGCUUGGUCUGUGCCGCGGCCACCCCCCCACACAACGAGUCCUGCUGGCAACGGAGGGGAGAAAGGGGGUGAUGGAAAUGGGUCGGGAGGAGGGGGGGCUGGAAACGGGUGGGGAAACGGGAGUUGGGGGAGAAGUGAAGGGGGUGGAGGGGACAGAGAAGGGGGUGCUGCCGCUGCUGCUGCUGCUGGAGGGAGUGGUGGGGUACGAUGGGCUGGGAGCGAGGGCUGAAGCUCUGCUAGAGGUGCUGAGCGGUGGAGAGGGGUCGGGAGUUAUAGGUGGGCGAGGGAGGUGGGGGAGGAGAGCAAGGGGAGGGAGGGAAGGAGAAGGGGAGAGGAGCAGGGGAGGAGGGAGGGUGGAUGAGGAGGUUCGGUUGGCAGUGGCUGAGCUAAGGGCAGCAGCGAAGGAGAGGAGGAGGGAGAAGGCAAUGCGACGACGCAUGGAGCUUAUGAAGAGUAUGGGGGUUAAAUCCCAGCUGGCUCCUACCGGAGCCCACCGCAUCGUGCUGACAUCAGCAAAACCGUCUCUGGGCCGUCCCAUCGCUCUGCCUCCUGCCAUGCGUGCGCUGCGCUGCAUGGUGUGCCACGAGGGGUACCCGCCUUCGCCCCAACGAGCUGAUUGGCGCCUACACCUACUCCAGACGCUUCUCCGACCUCUCCACCUGGAGCCUCACCUCAACGACAAGCAGGGUGGCAGUAAAUUGGUCGAUCUCCACCGUCUCUCAUUUCAACACCAUCCACUUUUCCUGCCACGACCGAGCCAAGCGUGCCGAUUCCGCCCUCAAGCUGCCAAGCGCGAGUGGGACGGGGCAGCUCUCAGGAACGGCGGCACGCUCUGCAACGCCCUCUUCCCCUUACGAGGCCCUCAGGUCUCCCCAGCAGUGUACGCCCGCGGUCUUGACACCUGGUGGGAAAGCGUCUCAUCCCUCGGCCACGUGGACGGUUCCCGCUUCCUUGUCCUCCUGCGGGAUCUCCGCACGCUCAUCGCGCGCUUCGUGCUCGCAGCCAGCUUCAGCACUGACUGCCACGGGGGCGGGCGCGAGAGCAACGCACGCUUCCUCCCCUUCCAGCUGCACAUGCUGCUGCACCUCUCCUCCUCCGCCUCGUCUUCCCAGCGCCACUCCCUCGACUCUUCCCUCUCUGCCCUCCUCGAACUAGCCUCACAGCUGCACUCCAGGCUUCCCUCUUCUCUCUCCUCCACCUUCCCCCGUUCUUCAUCUGCUUCACCUUCAUCCUGUGACUCUCCCUCGCGACAACCACCCUCCUCUUCCUCUCCUUCCAGAUCCUCCCCUCUCUCCUCCUCUCCAUUGCAGUCAUCCCCUCUUGCCUCCUCUCCGUUACAGUCCCCCUCCUCCUCUCCUCCUCCCCCUCAGCCUCCUCCUCCUCCCCUCGCUCUUCCUCUCCCUCCGCCUCCUCUCUCCACCUCCCGCGCUCCUCACUCUCUACAGCAACAGUCGCAGGGGGGAUGGGCGGCAGCGUUUGCGAUGCCAUGCUGGCAACUGUGCUGA